AUGGAUGGAGUAAACAAUUAUGCCUGCCUCUGCCUCCCUAAUUAUACAGGUAAGCAAAUAUAUAAAGUAUUUGCCCAAGGAUCUAAGAAUACAAGCCACCAAAUCAUAACUGCUUAUAUUCACUGUACAGUGGUAAGAAAAUAUCUACACUCUUAUAAACCAUGAAAAUGUGAACUGGUCUUGCUACUCUCUGAGCAUCAGACACUUAGUGAAAGGCUCCUUGUAAGCUGGAGUAUAUUACAUAUCAUGGGAUUUAAUAAGUAUCAGGUUUGAACGGCUUGGUAAGUAAAUCUAAAAUUUCCCAAACUCUUAAAAUGUUGUUUGGGGCCCUUUUGGGAUGCUUUUGUAAAUGGUUGGCUGGGAAAAAAACCUUACACUUGAACGAAAACUAAUUGUAGCUUUUAACCAUCUUUCUGCCAGAAACUUGCUGGAGCUCCAAGAGGAGACGUUAGUAACUGAUGCUUUGAGUCAGUAGUUCUUUUUGUGUUAUAUCUAUUUUUUAUCCAUUUAUUUUUACUUUAUAGUUUUGCUUUCUAUAUAUAUUUCUGCAUCUGCAGAAAACAGCAGCAGGAGACUUUUUCAGGUGGUUCGCAAUUUAGCGGAACCACCUGUUACAUCGGGGCCCAGUACGGGCCACAUGAUCUCCUGCAAUGAUUUUGCAAAGUUUUUUGCAGAUAAAGUCGCUCAGAUUCGGGAAGAGGUAGACUCCACCGUGGGAGCAGGGCCGGGGCGGGAGAGUGCUAGAGUCCUGUCUAGUCAAAUUGCAUGGGAUCAAUUUCAAUCUGUUACCUCCAAGGAUGUGGACAGGGUGCUUGGACGAGUGUCUCCUUGAUCCUUGCCCAUCCUGGCUUAUAAAAGCUAGCCGGGAAGGGCUGGGCGAUGGGCUUCAUGGGGUGAUGAAUGCUUCCCUCUGUGAGGGAGCCUUCCCAGACCCGCUGAAAGAGGCGGUUAUUAAACCGCUUCUUUAAAAAACAUCUUUAGAUGCGGCCACGGUGGCCAACUAUCGCCCAGUCUCAAAUCUUCCAUUCUUGGGCAAGGUGAUUGAGCGAGUGGUUGCUGAACAACUCCAGGCACGCCUGGAAGAAGCGGACCAUUUGGAUCCCUUCCAGUCAGGAUUCAGGCCUCAUCAUGGGACAGAAACUGCCUUGGUCGCACUGGUUGAUGAUCUCCGGCGGGCUAGGGACAAAGGUGAGAGCUGUUUCCUAGUUCUGCUGGAUCUCUCAGCGGCGUUUGAUACCAUCGGCCAUAACACCCUUCUGGACUGUCUUGAGGGGCUGGGAGCUGGGGGCACUGUCAUGCAGUGGUUCCGCUCCUUCCUCCUGGGCCGUGUUCAGAAAGUGGGGGGGGGGAUGAAUGUUCAGACCCCUGGGCUCUCACUUGUGGGGUGCCUCAGGGUUCUGUCCUCUCCCCCAAGCUUUUCAACAUCUACAUGCAGCCGCUGGGAGAGAUCAUCAGGGGGUUUGGGCUGGGUGUCCAUCAAUAUGUAGAUGAUGUGAGAUUUUGACCAGCUUCGGCCCAUCUGAAGCUGAUACAGGCUCGUCUUAUCUUGAGCCCAAGCAGAGUAGUCCACACAGCAGAAGGAUAAGCAGUAUGUGCCACAUUCUUAACUUUAUUUCCACUCUAUGCUGAGAGAAUACAAACAUGCAUCUUGCCUCUGUGAGAUCAGAGAAGCAACUGUCUCUCUAACAAAGAAACCGAGAGAACAGUGAAAAACAGGAAACCAGUGUACGUCACAUCCAGUCUCCCAUUCCCGUGGGAAUCCAACAGUAACUUGGACUGUGGAAUGCAAAACAAUGUCUUGUGACUGCAGUUGCUGCUCAGUGAGGGAAAUAGAAACCAACAGAUGAUACCCAGCCCUACCUCUCUUUUAAAUCAGAACCAGUGAAGGCGGUGAAGGUCCUGUAUGAGUGUCUGGAGGCGGUUGGAGGAUGGAUGGCGGCUAACAGAUUGAGGUUGAAUCCUGACAAGACAGAAGUACUGUUUUGGGGGGACAGGAGGCGGGCAGGUGUGGCGGAUUCCCUGGUCCUGAAUGGGGUAACUGUGCCCCUGAAGGACCAGGUGUGCAGCCUGGGAGUCAUUUUGGACUCACAGCUGUCCAUGGAGGCACAGGUCAAAUCUGUGUCCAGGGCAGCUGUUUACCAUCUCCAUCUGGUACGUAGGCUGAGACCCUAUCUGCCUGCGGACUGCCUCGCCAGAGUGGUGCAUGCUCUGGUUAUCUCCCGCUUGGACUACUGCAAUGCGCUCUACGUGGGGCUACCUUUGAAGGUGACCCGGAAACUACAACUAAUCCAGAAUGCGGCAGCUAGACUGGUGACUGGAGGCAGCCGCCGAGACCAUAUAACACCGGUCUUGAAAGACCUACAUUGGCUCCCAAUACGUUUCCGAGCACAAUUCAAAGUGUUGGUGCUGACCUUUAAAGCCCUAAACGGCCUCGGUCCAGUAUAUCUGAAGGAGCGUCUCCACCCUCAUCGUUCUACCUGGACACUGAGGUCCAGCACCGAGGGCCUUCUGGCGGUUCCCUCACUGCGAGAAGCCAAGUUACAGGGAACCAGGCAGAGGGCCUUCUUGGUAGUGGCGCCCUCCCUGUGGAAUGCCCUCCCACCAGAUGUCAAAGAGAACAACAACUACCAGACUUUUAGAAGACAUCUGAAGGCGGCCCUGUUUAGGGAGGCUUUUAAUGUUUGAUGUAGUACAGUAUUUUAAUAUAUUUUUUGGAAGCCCAGCCAGAUGGGCGGGGUAUAAAUAAUAAAUUAUUAUUAUUAUUAUUAUUAUUAUUAUUAUUAUUAUUAUAAAAAUGACACAAACGAAACAGCAUCUUUCCUCUCAACGUGAAAUAAGCAAAACGGUGUUUUCAAGCAUUUGAUGUGGGAUGGGGAUACUGCAUCUCAACAGACUCGCUGGAAAUAAUUUUGAACAGGGGCUUAGGAUGGGAUUUCAGCGUUGAUAGUGGCUUUCAUUGAGUUACUUCUGUCUCUGCUCAGAAUAGCUCAAAUCUAAAGCUCUUGGCACAAAAAGUCAGUCUGUGGGGAAGAUUUUCAGUCAUCUUCCACUUAAGUCUAUAACAAAGCUCACUGGGGUUUGUUUACCUGCUUGCAUGUUUGUCUUCAUUAUUUCAAGUGUGCUGCUCAGAAAUGAAUGGAUAUUUAGGUUCAGAGAUUAUUGCUUUGUAUUUCAAGAAAAUCUAUUUUGAUCAUACUAGGGAAACAGAAUUUUAUUACUGCCUUGUGACUUGUGUGCAGCUUAGAGCUAUUUCCUGUACUGACUCUCAAAAGAGUUUGGAAUUCAUUUGUAUAUUCUUCGUAUAGUUGUAUAUUUGAUUUUUUUCCCCCAAAAGAGAGUGAUUGUAAAAGUGUCUUUGAAUUUAGAUGAAGUACACUAAAGGUUGGAUAAUUUAGCUUGGAAAAGAGAAGUAUCAGAGAAAGUAAGGUAUAAUUCAGUGAAAUAUGAAACCUACCUUGUCUAAAAGCAGCAUGUAGGUUAAUUUUGCACAUAAUCUAGGAAGGCUUCCCCCCAUUGCAGCUGAGCAUGAUCCCACAGCUGAAUAAAGAUAGGGUCAAAUGCUGUUUUAACCUUAUUUAAAAAUAUUACAGCUGAACAAUUUUACCACCAGUAAUAUCUGAAGUGGUACCAAUUCAGUUCUCAGGGAAUUAUGUCAUCCUUACAAGGAUCAAGCAUGGCUGGUUUCUCAUGCCUAAAAGUUAAGAAUGGUCUGGCAGUUUGUAGGUUUCUUCUGGAGAAUAUUGCCAUUUGAUAGACAGAUGCUAAAAUUACUGCAAAAUUCCACUAGAAAAAUCUCUUUUUGGCUUAAACAUGGUCAAGAUUUUAUCCCUAGUGACUAAAUAUGAAACCAAUAAAAAUGCCUUUGACAUAAAGCACCUCUUCCGUUCCUUAAUCUUUUAAUCUGUGUUGAGUUGUUCUUGUUUUGUUACUUUUUGUGACCUUGUUUGAUUACAGAAAUACCUUGGAAAGAUUUUGUGCCUAGAAGUGGCACACACUUUACUUUGCAGUGUAACCUCCACAUGCAGCUGCUGGGUGACCUUGGGCCAGUCACACUUCUCUGAUGUCUCUCAGCCUCACUCACCUCACAGAGUGUUUGUUGUGGGGGAGGAAGGGAAAGGAGAAUGUUAGCCGCUUUGAGACUCGAUAAAGCGGGAUAUCAAAUCCAAACUCUUCUUCUAUAUCAAAUCCAAAUCAUACUAUAGUAGUAAGGUACCCUAAAUAAUGAUUUUUGGCUUCAUAACCCAGUAGUGGGUUUCCCUGAAGCAUUUUGCUUGCCUUGGGCUGCAGGACUACAUGAACUGUGGGUCUGAUGUAGCAGAGCUGCUUUAAUGCUUUUAUAUGUCAACAUUGCCCACUGCAUAUACAUUGCUGAAGGAAAAAACCUUGCCAAAGAUUGUUUCCAGAAGUCCUAGUAAAUAUAUGAACGUGGUGCCUACUGUUUUGCAACUUUAUGCUAUUUUUUUCUUUAGGUGGUUGCAAAUGUUAGCCAAUUGUAUAAUGCACAUUUUAUUCCUGCCUUUUUGGGGAGGGGAGUUUUUUCCCCCUAGCUUUGGGCUCUGCACAAGAUGUUUCUGAAUAAAGCUGAAAAUAUUUUCCAUGUCCUAUUCCUUAUUAUAAUUAAUAUUAAAAACAAAUGUAAGGAGUGUCCUAUAUUCAGGCAAUGGAAAUACAGAACACAUGGUAUUUGGCUUUACCUUAACCAAUCAGCUAUUACAAUUAGAAGAAAAUUUUUUUUAAAAGUUGUUGGUACACCCAGUAGUUUCCCCUUCCACUGAACAAGUUAACAAUAUGAUUCAGAUUAUGGGUUUAAAACAUUGAAUGUGGCAUGAAACAAAUGGCAUGUAUUCUGAUGUGGUAAUUCCAUUGUGGUAAAUUGGCAAAAUAAUUAAAUGAAGCCAGCUCCAUGGAGAUUGUUUCUAUGUUAGCUUGUUGUUUAGCUGCCUUAGUUCUGGAGUCAUAGGAGGUCAGGAUGAGUCAGUAUUAACAUAUUGUUACAUUUCACCCCAAUCUCUGAACAGCAUGAGAUUCCAGGGGUUGCAGGCUCGCUUUAACCCAGAGUCUAUGUUUCCGAACAAUGAGGCACAACAGAGCUUCUGGUGUCUUCAUGAUAUAUGGCUUAUUUACACAUAUAUGCAACUGGAGUCUACUGGGAAAGGUUCUCCAGCUUUACAUUCCAAGAGUUUCUGACUUCUCCCAUAGCCAUAGCACUGGAUUCAAAACAGACCUCAGCAUCCUGCUUUUUUGACCUUUGCGCUUUCAGUUCCAACAUCCACCUUGCACCACCAUCCCAGCUUACAGUGAUUUGGUGGCAGCCAGAUUCUGACAUACAGGUGGAGAGUCUCCCAUAAAAAAAAAAUAGACAAGGAAAAGUUCCACAUGAACUUAGAACAUUUCAUCUGCUAUAUCGAGCAACGAAAAUCCUGCUAGCAUGUGAGAUGCUCUGUUUCAGUCUACAUAUCUCUUAUUUACGUUAUCAGUGCAUUAUUUUGAAGAAAUUUGCAGAAUUUACAACAUGGGUUGCUUCCAGCACACUAGCCAUUUCAUUUAGAAUAUCAUAAUUUGUUCUGUUUUUAUUGGAAAUGUAACUGACAUCGCCAGUCCAUUGUAUUCUACUAUUUUUUUGUGUUGUUCUCAUCAGAACAACACAGACCUGAUUUGUUGUAGUGUUUUGUCUUGCAAAUGUAAUUGCAGGAUGAGCCAAUCCAGUAUAUUUAAUAGUGCCAGAACCAGGCAGUAGCACAGAGUUGAGAACUAGGCUUCUACUGGUGUCUGCCUGAGCCUAACUACCAAUUACUGUGCAAAUAACAGAAAUGAAACUGAAACUAAAGUGCUUUGCCCCUAAGGAACACUGUCAAACUUACUAAACUGUGUAGCUGUGGAACAACCCCAAAUUCUCAAAUGCCAGCCAGAAACAUAUAUAACAGUAUGGAUUUGCAAAUUGCUGUUGAGGCUUUUCAGGGAUGCUGUUUCUUUCAUUAGAAACUUCCUCCUUCCUGCUUUUUAAAUUUAAGUAGAUAAGUAGUUUCUUCCUGUUCAUUCCUUAUGACUUUGGCAGUUGUGAGUUGUCUCUCGAUUAGGCAGUUCCUGUUCUUGUUGCUUUGAUUUCCCCUUAGUAACCAAUUGCUCAUUUAUUAUAUUUUAUGAGUUAAAUUGUAUGAAUAAAAAAAUAAGACAAAGCAGCGCUAAAGGAUCCUAGUGUGCAACUAGGAAUGUCAUUCACACAUUAAUCCAGUGCAUGAUAAAGUUUGUUACAUAUAUUAUUUUAAAUUUAAGCUACUUUAAACUGUUUUAAUGUUGUAACCUGCUCUGGAACAUUAGGGUGAAGGGUGGUGGGUGGUUGUUGUUGCAUUAAAAAAUGCAAAAUAUGAAAAUAUUAGUACAUUAGAGGAUGCUAGUACAAGCCCAAAUAUAAUUCGGUAUGUCAAAUAAAUUACAUUUUAGGUUUCUUGUUCAGUUUGGUAUGGUACUGAAAAAGAUACUUUUUAUUUCAAGCAAUGCAAUUAAAAAAACUUUUAUGACACAUGGCAUCUAUACCUAGAGGCAGAGAAUUCUGUUUUUAAAAAUGUAUUACACAGUAUUUUGUAAUUUUCAAAGCUUUACAAAUAAAAUAUAAUAAAACAGAGGUGAUAAUAAUAGAUUAAAAAAUCCUAGCUUAUAUGUUUUAGUUUACAUGCAAAAAUUGAGAUUUGGAAAUGUGAUGUCAUUGAUAAGUGAUUCAGGAACAAGAAUUAAGCUUCAUGCUGUGAAUCUGUAGGUUUAAUAAUCAUGUGCCAAAAUUACCCCACAGUUCCAUGUGGAUAAGCACAUUGGAGACGAUGUGGUGAGCAGCUCAGUUACUGUGGAAAUGAUAGAAGUAAGGUUAGAUUUCUUGCUUAUUGCAUAAUUAAAAUGGCAGAUUUAGGUCUUGUAGUUCGGCAGAGCAAGGAACUAGAUGGUAGCUCAUAUCUUUUAUAUAUCAGGAAGAAGCUUUCUUGUAGAGGCAUAGGGAUGACAUAUGGUCUGGGAAAAUACAAAAUUCUUAAGAUUUUCUUUCAGAAAUUACUUUUGGGCUUGACAGAUUUGAGGAGUAAGUAGCACUGCUUCAAUUUUGCUAAAAGUCAUUUUUCUAAAAGUGUAUUAGUUGGCUACUAAAUAUGACAUUGAGACAACAAUCUUCUACCUACUUGGAAGGAAGCUUCAUUGACUCAAUGAGUAUAAAAUUGUGUUCUUCAUUACACUUGAAUUUAUUAUAGUGAUUUCCAGCCUGGUGUGGUCUCAGGGAAUAAAUGAUAUCAGUGGAGAAAAAUGAUGGCAUAUAAUUUAAUUAUUUAUCUGAACCUGCCUCUUUAUUCUUUAAAUGAAGAUUUCAAAUGUAGGAGAGAUUGGUCAUGACCCAGUAGUUCAGGCAAUAGUUCUGUCUGUAAGUGAAGGAUGACUUGUUGAAUAAAAUUAAGCUUCAUAUGUUUGGCCAACAGACAAAAUACUGUAUAAGAUAUUUACUACAACUCAUUGGUACUAGAAAAAUUCAAUUUCAGCUUUAGCAAAGUUCUCAUUUCCAUAAUCAGUUGUGAGAUCCUUAAAACUAUUAGAAGGCCUGGGCCAUUAUUGACAGGUGCCAAUUCCUGGUAAGAUGGUUCUACCACUUUAUAGCUGUGAUGCUCUGAAAAUUGCCUGGAUUCCCCAGUCUCCAAACAUUUGUUUUAGUAUUUGAAUGCAGUUCCAUUAUAACAAAUCUGCAAUGCCAGCAUAAAUUCAUGCUUUGUGGGUUUCCCCCCAUGUGCUCAGACAAUAUAAAUAAUUAUUAUUACCGAAGCAUCCAACAUAACUAGGUGCUGUACACAAGAUAAUAUGCACUAUCCUGAUUUAGAAAAGAAAACUCUCUGGUUUGGCAUUCUCUGCAGAACUGAACAGGUGUCAGCUGGAUUUAUAACUGUUCCAGUACUACCUCAAACUGAUUUCCCCUCUUUUGUAAGAAAAUCCCAGGUUGAUACGCAAUAGGCCUAGCACUUUGGAGUGUCUGCUGGGAACCACCAGCAAGUUAUGAAAGUGGUUGAGUUGUGCUGUAACUAUACACAACCAUAUACUUUUUGAAUACUCGUUUGCUCAUUCCCCUAAAUCUGACUUGAGUUAACACUGCUCCCCUCCCUUCAAGCAAGGUGAGUGUCAUAAAUUAUUUAUAGUUAGGGGAACCCCAUGUGGUUCUGACUUUGUUCAAUUCCUUUUGGCAUCAUUUACAACAGACACUUAGCGCAGGUUUGUGAGUGUACAGUGCUUUAGCCAUAAGCACUAGUAAUAUUGUAGGAUGUUAUUGUUUGGUUUUUCCAUUAUAUAUUUUGCUAUAUAAGCUGAAUAUAUAGCAAAAUAUGGAAUUGACUCUGAUCUGUUUGCAUAUUUACAGCUUCAUUUUUGCCAGUGGAAUUUUUUGUUGUGGCUAUUUAGAGACAGUUAUGUGUUUGAAAUGCAUGUUGGGCUAUCUACAUAUAUAGGACUUAUCUGUGCAAUUUUACAUUGUGGCUCAAACUGCUCAGUAGACUUCUAGAACAAAUAUGUUAUAAGGGUUUAAUAAGCCAGAUAUUACAUAUACAAAAAGGGUUUUGCAUCCUCCAUGGGCAAUAUCUCAAGUCUAAGUUACAGAAGUGUAACCAAAUAGGGCUGGAUUUGAACAUUGUGGAUCUGUUCAUUAUUAGUAGUUAAAAAUACAAAACUAGACCUUAGACUGAACAGGUAAUAACUAAAACCAGCUGAACUAUUCCUUGCCCUUGAGGGCCAUAUUACUUAGAAGACAGCAUAUUCUUUGGGUUCAGGAGGUUCUGUGCUCUUUUAGUAGAUGUUUAUUAAUCAUAUGAAGUCUUCAAUCUGUUUAGCAUCACAAAAUAGACUAUUUUUACCAUUUUGAAUAAACGUACAAUAUUCUUGCAGGAAAAAUAAAACAUUGGCUCUCAAUGAAAGUUAGUGCUUUGUUCAAAACAUUUUUGCAGCAAUAAUGUUACUCCACAUGUUAAUAAAUGAGUCACUAGUUCUCUUUGCUGCUGGAUCCAGGGACCUUGUCAUGUGGUCAAGUACCAGUUAAAGCUUAAUGUUGUGCCAAAGCAAGGAACAGUGUAUGUGAUAUUACUCUCUAUCCUGUUGUAAAACCUGUUCACUGAAAUGGAUAUAAUUAUUGGUGUAAGGUAGUGAGCUGCUCCAAAUCCAGAGGGCAGCUGUGGCAGUGUGUUGCAACGAAAACAACUUACUUUUGUGGCACCUUGGGCAAACAGGUUUAUUGUGGCCUGAUAACACUUCAUCAGAUGCCUCUUCAUCUUGUCCACAAAGGCUUAGGCCACAAUAAAGGCUCAUCCAUGCUUACCUUUGCUCUGACUUCCAUGCAUGUCCGGACUUUCCAGGUUCAUGUUUGACAGCUUAUUGUUUUGCCCCAGCAUUUCCCCCACAAAAACCCACUCUUUACUGCUGCAUUGGAGCAAAACUCAAUCCACCGAAACCCCAAAUUGCUGUUUGCUCCAAUUCAGCGGUAAAGAUUGGGUUUUCACAAGGAAAGCAUUGAAGAAGAAGAAAAGCUCACUCUGACACAGAGUUUUAGAGAGCGAACUGUGCAUUGAAAGCACAGAGGAACAGUUAAGUGUGGAUAAGCCCUUAAUCUGUGCCACAAGAUUCAGCUUGUUCAACAGUUUGUGGAUUCACUUUUCUUUAGUCCACACACCAUCAGACCUUUGCAUUAAUCUGUUAUUCUUCAAUGGCCAUGUGUCCCUAAACCUUUUUUCCACAAUAGUUCAAGAAAAUCAACCAAUGUCUCACAUCAGAGUUGUUUUUAAAGCCCUCUUAAUUUGUUUCUACCCCAGGGGAGCUAUGUGAUGAGGUGAUCAACCACUGUGUCCCAGAGCUAAAUCCUUGCAAACAUGACUCCAAAUGUAUCUCUUUUGACAAAGAAUACAGGUAAGCAAACACAUAUUGAUAGUUUCAGAAUGGGCCAUUGUAAACUACAUGGGGGUGCAUGUAUCCUAAUUAACAAAAUUCCCUUGAGUGUUGUUUUCGAGAAAUGCCUAUGGAAUUCCACAUGUGAGGAUGAAGUGAAAAGAGGAGUCUGCUCUUUGAUCCUGCUCUUUCCAAUCUGGCACUUUCAUUUGACACGGAAUCCCCUUUAGAGUCAUUCUCAUCUCACCACUCUUGGUGCUGCCAACGUUGCCUUUUAUAUCAUUGUAGCCACCGAAUCUCUCCGUCUCUGGACUUAGUCACACUUAACUUUUGUCCACAUUUUCCACGCCCAGUCAGCACUUUCAAGCUCUGUGUCAGAGCACUCUUUUUUGUUUUCUCCGGACAGAAUGCAUCUGAGGAACAGCAUCAGGAAAUGGAACUGUUCUCACCUGAAAGGUGUUUCUCAGAGGUGUUAAACACAUGGUGUGGUGGGUAAUGCUGCCAUCUUGUUUCAGGAGUCAGAUAACACAUAUGUUUGUCCAUUCCUUGUUUCCCUCCUCCUUUUGACCAGUCCAUUUUAUAACAAGCUAUACAAGCCUGAGGAGGAGUAGAAGAACUGGGAGUGCACACACAUUCCUGCUCUGAGUCAAGACAGGAAAUUAAUCCAGAGGAGGAGGAGGAGAGCACGUAACAGACAAAGAUCUGUGUUUCCUGUCUUUGAGCACUAGAGGGCAGCAUGCAUAACCUACCACUGCUGUUGGAGAACCAUGGUGGCUGGAGAAAUAGCAAAUUCAGUAUUCUUAGUUUUGGAACAAGAUGCAUUGACAGGAGCAUAGCAGGCAUAGAAUCAAAGGCAAACCGAAGGUAAUCUAGAUUGAAAUAUAGUUGGAGAGAUGGAAAUAAAUUUCCAAAAAUAAAGGCACAAGACUCUAAAGCGAGGUCCACAAAAACUAGCUUUGGAAUUCCACAGUAGCACUUAACAGAGAAUCUUGAACUAUAAUCCUCUUCAAAGCGAAGAAAGAAUGGUAAGUUAAAUGUUACCAUUUCAAUUAUCCCUGCAAAGCAUGAUGUCACCAUUUAUGGAGAUAAAGGAAAUCUGGUAAUUUGUUUCUACUGUAAUUAGUAGUUACUUGGGGGAGGGGAAUACCGUAUUUUUUGCUCUAUAAGACUCACUUUUUCCCUCCUAAAAAGUAAGGUGAAAUGUGUGUGCGUCUUAUGGAGGGAAUGCAGGCUGCGCAGCUAUCCCAGAAGCCAGAACAGCAAGAGGGAUUGCUGCUUUCACUGCGCAGCGAUCCUUUUUGCUGUUCUGGCUUCUAAGAGUCAGAAAAAAAAAUUUGUUUGUUUUCCUCCUCCAAAAACUAGGCGCGUCUUGUGGUCUGGUGUGUCUUAUAGAGCAAAAAAUACGGUACUUACUCAGCAGUAACAAAACAAAUGCAGUAACACAAGGUGGGGGAAAUCAGCACCUGGGGAAGUGAAAGCAAUAAUAAUUUGAAGUAUUUUGCUGCACUAACAUAUUUUGGAUCACCUUUAGUAUUUUGGCCUCCAUGGCUGUGAUUAUUGAAAGGGGGCAUAUAUAUAUAUAUAUUUGCCCCCUCUACAUAAUUAAUUGCAAUUUGCUCAUUUUUAUUUUAAGAAUUUCUAUGUCAUUCUCCGCAAAAAUGUCCAGAGCAGUGUAUACAGUUAACUAACUGAAUGCAUCUCUCACAGAAAUAAACCUGUUGUUCCAAUUGCCCAAAAUGUACGUAUUAGAGUAUUGUUAUAAAUAAUCUUUAUUAUUCUGGAGCUUGGAAUUACUACCUGACAGAAUAAAGCACUGAUUUAAUACAGCUCUUCCAAGAAAAGUGGUGGUUCUAUCAUUACUGUGAUAGCCAAUACACAUCAUAAAAGUGAUCCAUAGCAGCUUUGAAUAGGGACCUGCACAUCGUUCAUUAUUACAUCAUUUUAUAUUAGGACAAGAGGGAUCGAUAAAGUAACAGGAUUAAAUGCUGCUAUUUCCUCCCAUAGCAUCUUAUGAUGGAUACCGUUUGCAUGCCAGUGUGCCUGAAGCAUUGCUGAGCUGUUUUGCUAUAUAUUUGCUACAUUUUUGAGAAAGAAUAGUCCCGGAUCUCCAACUUGCUUUUUUACUGUUCCAGAGAUGAUUAAUUACAGAAUUAUUGUUCUGAACGGCAAUAGAAUUCUGAAAUAGUGCCUUCAGACAAUUGUUCCGGAUUUCUAAUGUUUUGUAGAUGUUUAUGUGAUGUGAAUGAGUGCAGGAUCAGGUAUAUAGGCUGUGGAUAGAGAUUAUAAUGGAGAACUGGUGGUGUACAAACGUCAAAAGAGCAUGAAAUCAUUAGAUUGUGAGGUAAGCCAAAAGAAAGAGAAAAGAGAUACACUAUUCAUAGGAAAAUGGUGAAUAAUGAUAAGUGCUCUCAGACAUGCUGAAAAGGCAGGUCCUUAGGGAGGAUUUAGCAGAAGGUUUUAGUGUUCCACCAAAUAGUUCCAGGUAGCACCUUCACAAAGGCUGCUGAGUUCAGAAAAUGCAGAGGGAGAAUUGCAUGCUGUUGAAAACCUAUAGGUUACCUGAUUUUUUAACACAUGUUCCCUAGGUAUUCGUUUCAUUUUUAUUUAUUCUUUCAUUAUUUAAAAUUAUAAGCCACAUUUCCAGUUUAAAAAUUCCAAGGUGACUUGCAAUAACAUUAAAAUUAAAAAAAAUUGAAAUUACAGGAAAUAAAACAGCAGUAGAGGCGGUAGAAGAUAUGGUUUGGUUGACCUAAAAUUCCUGUAAUUUUCUCCUCUAGUCAGAUGCCUCAGAAAUGUAGGGAAUAAGGAAGAUGCCAGCUCUCAAUGUCCAGGAUUUGAAAGCUAAAACAUUUUAUUUAUCCUUCGGUUAUAUUAAAACCCGUUCCCAGUUGCUGUUCUUCUGCAGCUACUUGGUUGUAAAAUAGAUCCAACUGUGCCAAUUUAGAAUUUUUGGAAUUAAAUCAGAGCUUUUGGACCUGUUCUAAUGUUACCUGGCUGCUGGCAUUCUACCUAAGGGAGCAAUUGAUUUAGUCUUUGAGUGUCAUGUUCCUUUUUCUAUUCCUCUAUGCCUCUCCCAUGCCCCUCUCACCAGAGGCGGUUUUAGGAUAGUGCGAAGGUUUGGCCAUACCCGACGCCGUGCUGCAGUGGGUGCCACAACAAUGCUGUAAAACAGAGUGUAAGAGGCAAGGGCACUGAACGUUGGCAUCACACAGGGUGCCACUGAAAUCUGAGAGCUCCAAGUCUGCCACUGGUCUCACUGGGUAAAGGGUAAAGGGACCCCUGACCUUUAGGUCCAGUCGUGACCGACUCUGGGGUUGCGGCGCUCAUCUCGCUUUAUUGGCCGAGGGAGCCGGCAUACAGCUUCCAGGUCAUGUGGCCAACAUGACUAAGCUGCUUCUGGCGAACCAGAGCAGCGCACGGAAAUGCCGUUUACCUUCCCGCCGGAGCGGUACCUAUUUACCGUAUCUACUUGCACUUUGACGUGCUUUCGAACUGCUAGGUUGGCAGGAGCUGGGACUGAGCAACGGGAGGUCAUCCCGUCGCAGGGAUUCGAACCACUGACCUUCUGAUUGGCAAGUCCUAGGCUCUGUGGUUUAACCCACAGCACUACCCACAAAUAAGCUGUGAUUAACUAAAUGAGAGAUCUUCCAGUAACAACUUGCCUUGCAAUGAGGGGAGUAGAAGAGCUAACAUCUGAGCCAGCCUUGUGCUUCCCUGUUGAUCAAAUCAAGCAAGUGCUUAUGCUCUGUAAUAAUAGUUAAUAUUUUGUAAUAGUAAUUAAUAACUUGUAACUGGAGUAGUGCGUUUCCUUGCACAUUCGAAAGGGAGAAGACCAAAUACUUUUGUUGCUGGCCACUUUAAAGACCAUGUCUCUGGUUUAAGUGGUUCCUUAAACAUAGAAAAGGCAUAUUCAAAAAGAAGAACAGACUAGGCCAUCAAUUUGCAUAAAAUUAGCACAUAGUGAUUUUUAUUAUUUGUAUGUAUAGAUGCAAAUUUAGAAAUAAUUAUGAUAAUCAGAAAUAUAUUACAUCUCACCAUAGUAGUGGAAACUGUGGCCUGUGUUAUCUGUCAGCCUGCUGCUGUCCAGGUUCUGUUGAGAGGCAACUUCAAGCCCUUGCUCUUCCUUCAAGUGGUUCUUUAUCUUUAAACCAGACUUUGACCCAAUGGUCCUUCAAAUAGGGAACAGGACCACCCUACCCUGAUUACAACUUAUCCUGUGAAAGUGAGCACAAUUCAUACAGCUUCAAAUGCUUACGGUGUCUGCAUAUAAAACAAGCCUGACUCUGAAAUAUGUAGGGUCUUAACUUGCUUUGGGCUACAGGAAUGGAAGUGUAUAAAACUACCUUCAUGUAUCAAUAUAUAACAUACAGAUGCAAACUGCAAAUUUAGAAAUUAGUAAUCCAGAUACAUUGAAAGACUAGAAAUCUGUUUCCCCUGGGUACUAUUUAAACACCCAUGAAACAUAAAAUGAAUCAGUUUCCAUAUCUAUAGAUUGUCUAGUCUCUGUCUCUUUUAUGCCCAUACUUCCUGUGGCCACUAAAUACAACCACAUAGUAAGGUGACACGAAGUUAUCCUCUUAAUCUUAAUACACCUCUCUUUCCAGCUUUCUGCACCAGUCUUUUUUGCAGUGCAGGAGGAAAUCUAGAAGUAAAGAGGCUAGCAUUAGAAUUAAAUAAGCUGUUGACAUCCAGAGUUCAGAGGUAUACGAAAGUACAAUCUCCAAAAUAUGUAACAUAUGCUAAACUGGAGAAGUAAUGGAUGUUUCUCUUUUGUUCUGGUUUGAAUGAUAUGCUUAUUAUUUUCCAGCUGUACAGCAACAUCCAGCUGGGAGGUUUGAAAUGUGGUUUAUAGGCUGAAAUACAUUCAAGCCAGUCCAAAGCAUAGUGUCUAAGAUUUUGAGAGACUGCCUAGAUUUCCAGAGAGAUUUGCUCCCCCUGGCCUGAGAACUUGAAUGCCAAGUUUCAGCCUAGAGCACAUUUUUUAUGGUUGAGUAAUAAACCUCGGAAAAUAGGGUAUAUAAUGGAAAUGCUGACACAACUUUAAUACAAGCAACUUAACAACAGUAAUAAAUAUAUAAUAGCUUAUGUUUGCUGUUACUUUGGAUCCUCCAAUCCGCUUUCUAGAAAUGAGUUGCCAUCUAAGGGUGGUGGAAUGGCAUCAACUUGUUCUUUUAUCUUCGUAUUAAGAUCUGAGAAACAAAUAUUUAUUGCUUCUUUUCAUUAUAAUUACAGUUCAAAUGCAGACUUAUUAAGUGAUUGUCACUUCCAUAAGAUACAGUGCUUCACUAUACACUACCUUGAGGGAAUUAUGAAGUUUUUCUAAAUGUUUUCAUGAUUUGAGAGACCUGUUUUAAAUGAUCAAAUACUUUAAAUGGUUAAUACUAUAAACAGUGAUGUUAGUAUGUAUGGUUACUUAUUAAAGAAUACGGUUUAACUUCAGUUAGUUACAAUGGCUUUAACAAAGAAUGUUUACACUAUAUUGUUACUGUCACUUUAAAAUAGAAAUUGGGGGAUCCUUUUGGCUCCACAGACCAGAUCCUUAUUAGGAUCUACCUUAGAGAACAAAAUUUGACGGGCAGGUGGGAGUGGGAGUGCCCACCUGUCAGUCACCUGAUGUCAUAGUGAUGCCUUGUGAUUGGGUACUUUGAAGUCAGCUGAUGGACAGUAGAGCCAAAUCUUGCUUUCUGUAGGCAUUGGGUGUGUCUGCAAGUUCCCCAUGGAAAACGUGCUUGCACACCUGAUCUGACAGGUUUCAGAUUUACCUUCCAUCCGCUGAUAGGUGGUAGAGCCAAAUACUUGUUUUCCAUUGCCAAUGCACAUCUCUACCUGCCCCAUACCUAACAUCACAUAUGAUGUCAGGUGUCGAGCAAGUGGGUGUGGUUUGGUGAAAUCAGCCAUGCUGCUCAAGUCUGAACAUCCAGCCGGCAAUUUUUUGCCUGCAGGCCAGAGAUUCCCCAUCACACUUUAAAUUAUCUAUAUGCAAUGCAAUAUAGGACUCCUGUCACUUUAAUAUGAAUAGCACCAGCAGAAAGGAUGCUUACCUUUCUGCCUCCUUCUCCUCUGCAGCCCCUGAAAAGCCUCCCCUGAGAUAUAGAGGACCCUCCUGGAUAUAGUGGGCUGUGAUGAAAUUCCCAGUCAAGCUGCAGUGACACAGUCCACCCAGUUCCAGAAGGUUCCCUGACCUUCAGGAGCAGCUUUGGGGAGAUUAAGGGCUGCCAGGUGUGGUUGUGACAGUCAUCUUUCUGAUAUCCCCCUUCCAUUGGCACUUCUCAGGAUUCAAGUCAAUAUUUGUACUCACCCAGCCUCCUAUUAUGGGCUGCAAAAACAAAUACUAUACUAACGCUCUUUAUUUAUCAUCAGAUAUAUUGAGGUAUGCUGUGGCCUUUAUGCUUUGGUUUCUAUGGUACUUUCACCUUCACAUCACAAACACUUUUGUUGAUAUACACUGAUUUAUGCUUAUGGAUUCACUGAUUGAUCUUGUUACAGAUGUGAAUGCUUGCCUGGCUACAGUGGAAAACACUGUGAAAUUGAUGAAGAUGACUGUGUGGGACACAAAUGCCGCCAUGGUGCAUUGUGUGUAGAUGCUGUCAAUGGGUACACCUGCAUUUGUCCUCAAGGAUUCAGGUAAGCAAAGUGGCAUGGGCUCCCUCCAGAUAAUACUCUGACAUUGGAAUGUACAGGCUCGUGGAACUAUUUUUAAUGGUUCAGAAGCUAUUUGCACAACAUCUAGUAGUCCACUUGUAUGACAAAGCCAUUUUCAGCAUGCACGCUGUUACUUCCAGUCAUUGCCCCCUACAUACCCAGCUGAUCACUGUGUUCUGCGGGAUAGAGCUUCCUGCAGAUACCAUCCUAUCAGGAGAUUUGUUCUGCAUGAUGUUGGAAUGGGGUCUUUAGUGUGUCAGCACUUCCAUUUGGAACGACCUUCCAUUGCAUAUCAGCAUAAUAAUAAUUUAUUCCCAUUAUCUGAGGCCUCGUAGGGCAGACACGUUUUUUUUAUAUAUAAAUACCCUGGUUAGUUUAUUAAACCAUGAACUUAUCUUUGAUUUCCUCUUCACUCUGUGGUACUUUUCUUCAAAAGAGUAUCAAAGCAACUUAGAGUAAUAAAAUUCAUAGACUUGUCGCUAACCAAGUUUUGCUCAGAGUAGACCCAUUGAAAUUAAUGGACCUAAGUUAGUCAUGACAUUAAUUUCAAAGGAUCUGCUCUAAGUGACUUGGCUGAAUACACCCCAUGGAAAUGCAGCUUUAUCAAUAAUUCACCCGGCAUCUUUACCUCAGGCAGGUUCUCUACCCUCCUAUCCCAGCAUCUUGCAUGCCUGUCUGAUUUAAACAUUUGUUUGGUGCUUUUUUUUUUGUAAAAUCCCCCUCAGUGUUAAUUUUAAAAACUGUUCAAAGGAGUAGCAGGUUAAGGGCCUGCUAAUCGUGCAGUGUACAGCCCAGUUUAGCCAUUCAUUUUGAAUGUACAAAGAAUCAUGUGCAGAAGACUUGUCCCCAACAUUUCUAUCCCCAUCAGAGACCACUGUGUAUUAAGCAGAAAGUUGUGAAGGAAGCACAUUCUGUUGCUCCACCAUUAACUACAUUCACAAGAAAUGUAAGGCAACAACACGCCCAGAGGCUGAUUGGGAAUGUUUAAGUUACACUUUAUGUUACAUAGAAUUCCUACCAUCAUCACACUAAGUGUUCGGAUUCUGAUUGUCAUAAAAGUGCUUUGCAUUUGAUGUACAGGAUUUCUGUAGCUCUGUCUUGACAAUUUCCAAGUUUAGUUCUGUCAGCUGUCAAUAGGCCACUCUUCUGAAAAUUUCACUGUAUGUCAAAGAUAAGGACACUUCACCAAAUGAGUUCAGUAAUCAUUGCCUGGAGGGUUAGAUAUUGCUUCCUUCCAGUCAAAUAUUUUCUGUAUUUGAGAACACAUUCACAGCAAGAGAGCAGUCACACCUGGAAAAAAAGAGCUAUGAUAAAAUAGAAACGCAGGAGCAUUUGUGAACCUUUUUUCUGGUCAUUGAACCUACAGCAAUUUACUGUUUUCCCGAUUUCAUUGCUUCUUUCCUUUUGUUCUUACCAUGUACUUCUGUUGCAUUACUCUGCUUUUAGCAUUCUGAAGAGCAGGUAUUGAUUCUUAAAGUGAUGUAAGGCCAUGCUUUCAAAAGCUCAGUGCUUACAAAAGAUAAGAUAAGGAAAUGAAGUUCUUUGUUCACCCUUCCUGUUCUAUUCUCUCCUUAAAUCUUUGACUUUAUGCUGGUUGUACAGAAAAAGGCUAAUGGAUAGAUUUGUCUAAGUUCCUAAAUCGCCUCUGUUCCUAAAAGUGUCUAUUUGUUGGUGGCACAUUAUUUUAAAGUAUGUUGCUCAAAACGUACCAUGCUUAAAAGUAACAUGCCACCAAAAAAAAGAUGGUUUGGGGGACAUAGUUUUUAGGAACCAAUGUAGUGGGAGCACAGUGCCUGUGAAAGUCUAGAGACUUCAGCACGAUCAAUGUUUUGUAUGUUUAUUUUCAGAAUUUAUAUCCUGCCUUUCUGGUAAAGAUUCAAAGCCACUUGCAAUCAAAACCAGAAUUGUCCAAAAAUAUAAAUAAGUUAGUCAAAUAGAAAAGAAGUGUGGCACUCUCUAAAAACAUCAGGAACAAAAGCAGUAAAAGAACGUCAUCAUUUGACGUUUUUACAAUAAGGAUUCAUAUGGAAUUUAUAUAGAACAUAGAUACAUUAUAAUAAAACCAUACUUUUAAUAGCUUGAGUAUUUUAUGCUGUCCUAGGUGCUCAUGCUUUUGCCUUAUAUAAGAAGAUUUGCAGUUGUCCAUUUUCCAUUUUUAUCCCUUUCUGUCACUCCUAGUUCACCUGUGGUGUUCCUCACCUUGCCAAACAUAAAGGACAAUGAAAUGAGCAUUGCAAAGAUGUAUUUACGAGAGGGUAAACCAGGCAACUGCCUAGGGCAGCAAAUUGGAGGCGGAGUCACCUCCCACAAAAGCUCAGCCCAGGCCCUGGAGCCAAUGGCCACCAUGGUGGACUCAUGGGCCAGCAGUGGGAAGGGAGCAAAUUCAUCACACCAGCCAAGGACAGCGCCCCUGUUGUGA